CGGAAGAAUACUAGGAAGUCAAAAGAGGCGUGGAAGCUCAAGCUAGUGGUAUUUGUUUAUCGCCAUGCGCUGACGAAAAAUCGCCGCGGCCACCCAUGCCGUCCGACAAAGGAGGGAACGCCGACGCAGCGCGAACAGAGACGCCGGGGCGGGCCGCGCCCACCGCCAUGGACAGCAACGGCAAGGAGUCCACGACCGCCGACACCAACUUAGCUCUGCUCAAAGCACACUGCCUGGACGUCAAGUUUGAGGUGGGAGACGAGUAUGACGUCAUAGAGACCAUUGGCACCGGAGCCUAUGGGGUCGUUUCCUCGGCAAAGCGGCGGGACAACGGACAGCGAGUGGCUAUAAAGAAGAUCCCCAACGCCUUUGAGGUGGUGACCAAUGCCAAACGCACCCUCAGAGAGCUCAAGAUCCUCAAACACUUCAAGCACGACAAUAUUAUUGCCAUUAAAGACAUCCUGCGGCCGGCCUUACCUCAUUCUGCUUUCAAGUCCGUAUAUGUGGUGCUGGACCUCAUGGAGAGUGACCUCCAUCAGAUCAUCCACUCUCGGCAGCCCCUGACACCAGAGCAUACCCGAUAUUUCCUCUACCAGCUGCUCCGCGGCCUCAAGUACAUCCACUCGGCCAACGUCAUCCACCGCGACCUGAAGCCCUCCAACCUCCUGGUGAACGAGAACUGCGAGCUCAAAAUCGGAGACUUUGGGAUGGCACGGGGUCUGAGUCAGCGGCCCGAGGAGUCCCGCUCCUUCAUGACCGAGUACGUGGCAACCCGGUGGUACCGUGCGCCCGAGCUCAUGCUGUCCCUCCACCACUACAGCCUGGCCAUCGACAUGUGGUCUGUGGGGUGCAUCUUCGCUGAGAUGCUGGGCAGAAAGCAGCUCUUCCCAGGCAAACACUACGUGCACCAGCUGCAGCUCAUCCUCUCUGUCCUGGGAACGCCUCCUGAGGGCAUCAUCGGGGCGAUCGGGGCAGAGAGGGUCCGUUCGUACGUGCGGAGCCUGCCCUCCCGUGCGCCCGUGCCCUUGGCCGCUCUGUACCCCCAGGCCGAGCCCACUGCCCUGGACCUGCUGGCAACCAUGCUGCGGUUCGACCCCCGCGAGCGAAUGAGCGCCACCCAAGCGCUUGCGCAUCCCUACCUCGCCAAGUACCACGACCCGGACGACGAGCCCAUCUGCGUUCCCGCCUUUGACUUCGAGUUUGACAAGCUGCCCCUCGGCAGGGACCAGAUCAAGGACGCCAUCCUGGAGGAGAUCCGGGACUUCCACCAGCGCAAGCAGGGCUCCAGGGGCAAGAUCCAGUUCAGGCCCUUGCCCAGACAGCCCUGCGCGUCAGAUAGAACGUCAGCUGCUGAGGCAGCGCCUGAAUUUGGGCAGCGGGACACCGCUAAUGCCCGACCACCUGCAGGUGCGCCUUCCGCCUUCGCGGGCGGAACCCCACCCCUCUGUAAACAAGCUCCACCUCAUUUGAGCAAGUCUCCAGCAACCUUAGGCCACUCUCAAGACGUAGAUAUGCUGAGUGCAAACUCCGAGAGCGGCCAAGCUGAACCGGAGACCAUCGACCUGACCACGCCCGUCUCCACGCAGGAUGUCACAUCCUCAAGUAUGAUUGGAGAAUCAAAGGGGGUGGAGCCACCUCUGGGUCAAGGGCCCCUGAACUCAGCUAAUCAGAAUCACGUCAUCUGUCAGACUCCUCCUUCUUCCCGAUCCCUCGUCCAGCCGCCUGGCUGCCACUCCGGACCCUCACUGUCUCUGUCAGAGUCACAGGCUCAGUCCCUGUCCCAGUCUCUGUCUCGCGCCCUGGCUCGGGGGACAAAGGGAGGCACAGGGGAUGCGCCUCGCAAGGAAGGAGCCAUUUCAGAUGACACAAAAGCCGCCCUUAAAGCAGCCCUACUGAAGUCAGCACUCCGACACAGUGCCAGGUCAGAUGGAUCCUCGACCGCACUGGCCACAGACGCGGGCAGAGGCAACGUGGGACCUCAGGCCUCCAUGUCCACCUUGCUCUGCCUCCCGGAACAGAGGCGCCCCGUCACAGCUCAGGAGCGGCAGCGAGAAAGGGAGGAGAAGAGGAGGAGGAGGAAGGAGCGUGCCAGGGAGCGCGAGCGCAAGAUGAAGGAGAAGGAGAAGCGCGAAGCAAAAGGAGGGGAGUCCUUGCGAGGCGUCCUGCUCAGCGACAAUGACAAGAGUCUCCUGGAGCGCUGGAUGCGCAUGAUGGACAGCCGGGCAGACAAAGUGCAGCGCGGGACGGACGGUAUCGCCAAGAACAAGGAGAGCCAGGGCUACGCAGUCAGUGCCAAGUUGACUGGUCAAAUCCAGCCUCUCCUCGGGGAGGGGCUGCGCCUCGCUGAGUCCGAAUCCGGUCAACAAACCAAGGACACGGCCGAGUGCCUCCUGCAGCCACCGGAGCUGCGGCAAACGGUGGCUCCUAAAGCAGACCAGCGCGUGUCUGGGUUCUACGAGCAGGCCAGUGCUUCAGCAGCCUCUCUGCCAUUCCCCGGGGUGCAGACGCAAAUGGGGAGGAUGGACGUGGAUGUCGAAGGUCUCCGCUCCUGUGCGCUUGUCAAAAACGGCAUUUUCCAGCCUCAGGCUGAACUCGGAGGGAGGGAUGCUUACAGCGUGCUGGACACCUGGACACGUGAAGAUGGAGCAGCAUCGGGCCCCCCUGCCCCACGAGGCCCAGACCAUCUUUCCCAGCCCCUCCCCCAGCAGCAGCUCCUUUCGCUGGUGCCUUUGGUCUCCAAAGGCCCCCUCCUCCCCUUCCAGGCACCUGCAACUCUGAACAUUGACACCCAGAUGCCAAAUGAAAAUGACAAAGCGCUCCCCGCUGUCGGCGCCACCUGGCGAAGGAGCAUGGAGAAGAUCCCCAACGCCCUCGGCGACCAUGCACCGAGCACCCCGCUAGGACCCGUGGCACCGCAGCCCAGCCAGGAGCCCCCAGCAGCGGGGAGCAUUCCUGACAUCCACACGGUGACUCUGCAGCUCUCUAAAUCCCAGGUUGAAGACGUCCUGCCCCCGGUGUUCUCCGUCACGCCCAAAGGCAGCGGGGCUGGAUACGGGGUUGGUUUCGACCUGGAUGACCUCCUCACGCAGUCUUUCACGGACCUACAGCCGGCCGACCCCAGAGACAGUCACAGCGACUCCGCCCCUCUGUCAGCCUCCCUGCUCUCCGAUUGGCUGGAAGUGCACCGAAUGACGCCAGCUGACCUGGAAUCUCUCCAGCAGGAGCUGCAGUUGGGGUCUCCCAUGAUUCUGUCGGACACGCCGAAUAUUCCUGACACCUGAGUGGCUGGUGUGGGCCAUUCUUUGUGACCGCAUGUUUAGUCUGUAGCGAAUGAGUUAUUCCACUAGUCUUAGUUUGGGCACGAGGAGGAGGUCUUAAGCCCAAUGACAGGCGAGGCAGGUAGAGUUAGAAAAACACACCCAACUAAUGGAAGAACAAUGUGAAGUUUGUUGACAGUAAUGGGGUUAAUGAUGCAUGUUGCUUCUGUCACUCAAGAGCAAGGUGGCAGGGCGCUGUGUCCUAGCGGUGUCCGACCACUGCACAAGCAGCAGGACGGAGAUCGUCCACUCGGCCUUUCCCGCGACGAUUAAACCAUUCAUAUU